GUGUGUGUGUGUGUGUGUGUGUGUGUGUGUGUGUGUGUGUGUAGACAUGUCGGGCUGCAGGCUGAUGAGGGCCGUCCUGGUCCGCGAGUUCGGGUCUCCGUCGGUCCUCAGACUGUGUUCAGAUGUUCCUGUCCCUCAGCCCGGACCCUCACAGGUCCUGAUCCGGGUCCAGGCGUGCGGCGUGAACCCCGUGGAGACGUACAUCCGUGCGGGGACCUACGCCCGGCGGCCCUCGCUGCCCUACACGCCGGGCUCUGAUGCAGCUGGAGUGGUGGAAGCUGUUGGAGCAGGAGUCACUGCAGUAAAGGCAGGACAGCGUGUGUUCACCACCUCUUCGGUCUCUGGAGGUUAUGCUGAGUUCUGUGUAUCAGAGGAGUCGUCCGUCUUCCAGCUUCCUGAUUCUCUGGACUUCCUGCAGGGUUCAGCCAUCGGGGUCCCCUACUUCACCGCCUACAGGGCCCUGCUGCACAGAGCUCACACCAGAGCUGGAGAGACCGUCCUGGUCCACGGAGCCAGCGGAGGGGUGGGCGUGGCAGCGGUCCAGCUGGCCCGGGCUCUGGGCUGCAGGGUUCUGGGGACAGCAGGGACCCCUGAGGGCCUCAAGCUGGUCCUGAAGAACGGAGCCCACCAGACCUUCAACCACCGGGAGGAGGACUACACACACACCAUCAUGGAGGCCACAGAGGGCCGAGGAGUGGAUGUGAUAGUGGAGAUGUUGUCUAACGUGAACCUGAGUAAAGAUCUCCAGAUGUUGGCGUAUGGAGGACGUGUUACGGUGGUCGGCUGCAGAGGAUCCAUAGAGAUCAACCCCAGAGACACCAUGAUGAAGGAGAGUAGCAUCCUGGGAGUGUCCCUGUUCUCUGCUACACCGGAGGAGAACCGUGAGUGUGCGGCGCUGCUCCACGCCGGGAUGGAGGCGGGCUGGCUGCGUCCGGCCGUGGGCUCCCAGUAUCCUCUGGACCAGGCCGCCCAGGCCCACCAUGACAUCAUCCAGUGCCCCGGGGCUGCUGGGAAAACAGUCCUCACCAUGUGAUGAUGUCACCACAGGUCAAAGGGCACCAAGUGCAUACGACACUACCCAGUUUCUGCUUUUCCAUGAUACUGCAACAAUGCUACUUUACCCAGUUCCACAGUUUAUUAUAGAUAGUAUAUAUAAAUACAUUAAUGAAAACAUGAUCACACCACCUUGUUCUGCAAUUUCUUGACUGAAUAUGACUAAAUGAAUAAAAAGAGACACAAAACAAGAAAACAAGGUGGUCUAACCUUUUUGUCCAUGACUGAAUAUUCUGUGUACUAGUAUUUUUCCACAAUGCUACUUUUCCCAGUUCCAUUUUAAUAUAGAUAUUAUAUAUGUAGUAUGUUAUAGCAGCGAGUCUGAACUUCUAACCGGAAAAAAAAUCCCCCCUUGCUAGAAUUUGUCAUCUGCAUUAACAAAACCAGGAAAUAGUGAAGGAAAAUAAAAUAUUUGAAUAUAAAAA